CACACUGACGAACACAAGACGAGACUGUGCUGCCAUCUACUGUCGUUUUCCAGAACUGACUGAGUGAUUCUCUUAGUUUUAACACUCAUCACUGUUGCUAUGGUUACGCCUGGUGGAGACUUGUGUGAACUGGUCUCGUUUUACUUUGAAAAGUCUGGCGUUGUGUUUGAGUCUGGACAGAAACUGAGACGUUUGUAAACGAUGACGCAGACGUUCUCUUCCUGAUUGGUUCUCCUCAGUCACAUGACUCAACCAGCGGUGACUUAGUUUAGAAAUGAAGUCGUAGACGAGUUUGCUCGAGUGUUUAUUUGACGUCCUUUCAGCUGGACUUCAUUCAUCCCUCAGAGAUUGUUGCUGCAGUAACAGUGUCAACCAGCAGAGGGAGCUGCUUCCUCACUGCAGCAGCUGUGAUGAUGGGAGUUUGUCUGUUUUAUUUCCACGUGUCUAUAAAGUUUUUUAAGCCUCUGACUUUGUUUGUUUUUAUUGAAACACUCUGAGUUGUUUAACCAGUGCAGAACGUAGAGACCUCUGUGUGGAACCCGCUGACGUGCGGGUCGAUCCCCAUUGAUCGUGGCUCAGAGCUUCAGGCAGCAGAUGUUACAUCAGCAGCCGUCGCUCGGUUCAGACACGACGCCGGAGCUCAGACUGCCGUCUGCUCCUCCUCUCUCCUCCUCCUCUCUCCUCCUCCUCACAGGUUACCGCGGCGAUGUCAGGGACGCUGCCCAGGUUUCCCACCAUGCCUGCCUUGCUCAGCUCACUGUCUCAUGGCAUCAACCCGCCUACUUUACCCAGCAUGCCCAGCAUGCCCAGCAUGCCCAGGGGGGUGAAGCUGCCGAGGGCUGUCGCCAUGCCGACUGUAUCCCAGGCUCAUCGGAGGAUGCUGCAGGACUGCUGCUCCGUGCUGGACCAUCAGACACCUGGAGGUCUGUGCGGCUGCUGCUGGGCGUUACGUCCUCGCUACAAGAGACUGGUUGAUAAUAUUUUCCCAGAAGACCCCGAGGAUGGACUGGUGAAAGCGAACAUGGAGAAGUUGACGUUCUUCGCUCUAUCGGCGCCGGAGAAACUGGAUCGAAUCGCUGCGUAUCUGUCCGAGCGUCUGACCAGAGAACUGAACCGCCACCGCUACGGGUACGUGUGCAUAGCGAUGGAGGCGUUGGAGCAGCUGCUGUUAGCUUGUCACUGUCAGAGCAUCAACCUGCUGGUGGAGAGUUUCCUCAGGACUCUGCGUCUGCUGCUGGAGGCCGACAAGCCUCACCUGCACAUCCUGGCCACCAACUCUUUCGUGAAGUUUGCGAACAUCGAGGAGGACACGCCCUCGUACCAUCGCAGCUACGACUUCUUCGUGUCCCGCUUCAGUCAGAUGUGUCACUCGCAGCACGAAGACGCCGACACCAGGAGCGAGAUCCGUGUCGGGAUCCGUGGUCUUCAGGGCGUCAGGAAGACGGUGGACGACGAGCUCCAGGUGAACAUUUGGGAGCCUCGUCACAUGGAGCAGAUUGUCCCCGCCCUGCUGGUCAACCUGCAGCAGCACACACACCCUGACAGUGAGUCUCCAGCAGAGCAGACUGAAGUGUGUUUCAGGGAGCUGUUCGGUCGAGCUGCUUAUGGACACAUCAACAACGCAAUCAGACCUGUGCUCAUGCACCUGGACAGUCACAGUCUUUGGGAAGGACGAAGUUUUGCUGUUCGCUGUUUUCAGAUCAUCAUGUACUCCAUCCAGUCUCAACACUCCCACCUGGUGAUCCAGCAGCUGUUGGGUCACCUUGACGCCAACAGUCGGAGUCCGGCGUCGGUCCGAGCCGGGAUCGUAGAAGUUCUGUCUGAAGCCGCUGUCAUCGAAGCGACGGGUUCUGUCGGUCCCGCGGUGCUCGAGGUCUUCAACACGCUGCUGCGGCAGCUCCGGCAGAGCGUCGACUACCAGCUGACCGGUUACUACGACAACACAGGCAAACACAAAACCACCUCCAUGGAGGAGAAGACGCUGCAGGACGCCGUCAUCAAGACCAUCGGAUCCUUCGCCAACACACUUCCUGUCUACCAGAGGUCAGAGGUCAUGCUGUUCAUCAUGGGGAAGAUCCCUGUUCCUGGAAUCUACCCCGCCCUGGGGUCGCCCAACGCCGGGUUCGAAGGAAGCAGAAUGAUCCAGGUGAUGCUGUUGAAGUCUCUGCUCCAGGUGUCGGAGCGUUAUGAAAGCAGUAACCUGUUGAUGGCGCUGCCCUCGUCCUUCCUGGAGCCUCUGCUGUCCUUCACUCUGAUGGAGGACCCUGAGAUCCGUCUGCUGGUUCUCUCCAUCCUCACCUCGCUCAUUGACCGGCGCCACAACGCCGCCAGGCUCCACGCAGCCAGUGUGGUGUUUGACGUCUCAGUGUUGGAGCUGAAGGACUCGUGCUCUCGACAGGACGUCCUGUUCAUGAGGAAGCACGCUCAGCGUCUCUACAGACACGUGUACUUGGCGUGUAAGGAGGAGAGCAGUGGGCGGGGCCACUAUCAGGCUCUCUUCACCCUAUUGGUCGUGCUGAGUGUGGAACUGGCCAAUGAGGAGGUGGUGGUGGAUCUGAUCCGAUUGGUCCUCGCGCUGCAGGAGCUGGCGUUGUCCAAUCAGGAGUCGCUCUCUGUGUUUAACCGCUGUGGCGUUCAUGGCGUCUGCGCCGCCUUCCUCAGUCUGCUGUCACAGCUGGGCCCGCCCCUUCACCUGCACGUCACACAGGUGAUAGACAGUCGUCAUAGAGACGCUCCUCACCUGCUGCCUCAACACGUCCUCUGUGACGAACCCAGUCUACCAGAAGGUGAUCUGAAGGUGGACGACACUCUUCUCUUCGUCCAAUCAAAGAUGUGUGAGGCUCUGUCAGGAAGCAGCUACAGUUCACACGCUGAACGCAUCAACACACCGUACACACCUCAGCUGACAGACGAGGAUCGUCUCUCGAAGAGGAAAAGUGUCGGAGAUAUCGUCUCUCUACAGAUGGACAUGGACGCUCAGUACUGUCCUGAUACACAGCAGGUGUCUCUCUACCUCUCUCUCUCUCUGUCUCUCUCUCUCUGUCUCUCUCUGUCUCUCUCUCUCUCUCUGUCUCUUUCUG